GCAUCCCUACGUUACCUUUCCCUAUUACGGUUGGUAUGGCGUUCCUCAUCGACAGCGAGCGGCCAACAACUCUUGACGAACUCACUUAUCACGACAGCAUUACACAACAGUUGCGUGGACUGGCACGUCGCCCUGACUUACCACACCUCUUAUUCUAUGGUCCGACUGGAGGGGGAAAGAUGACCAGAAUACAGUGUUUGUUGAGGGAGAUAUUUGGACCGGCUGUCACGAAGGUAGUGGUAGUAGUAGCAGAGGAGCAGAGUGGGGGAAGGGUCCUAUACAGUAACUACCAUCUGGAGGUUACGCCCACUGAGGCUGGUACUAGGGAUGUAGUUGUCAUACAACAUCUGAUCAAGGAGAUGGCACAAGCACCUCCUUUGGGAGGAGACGUGCCAUUCAGAGUGGUUGUUGUCAAUGACGCGCACAACUUGAGUCGAUCAGCUCAGGCUGGUCUGAGGCGAACUAUGGAGAAAUACGUUGGUGUGCUGAAGGUGUUUUUCCAUGCCGACUCUUUGGCGUCGUUGAUACCUCCUUUGCGGAGUCGGUGUAUGAGUAUCAGAGUGCCCCGUCCUACCACAGAAGUGGUUAAGGUUGAGCUGGAGAGGGUAGAGGCUAAGAUGGGUGUAGAAAUGAAUCCACAUCUAGCCACUAUUAUUGCUACGGAAUCGAGAGGAGAUUUACGUUACGGUCUUAUGCAGCUAGAUGCUAUCAGUGCCCAGAAUGGUGGUAGCCAUGCAUUACGGAAUGCUAAUACGCCUCUGGCUAGGCUGCCAUGGAAGGUCGUAGUAGAGGAUAUUGUGGAGGAUAUCUUGACUGAGCAGACUCCAAAGCAGUUGAAGGCGAUAAGGGAGAAACUUUAUGGUCUAUUGGAAGUACACAUACCACCAAGCGAGAUAUGCUAUCAUAUGCUUGUACUUCUCGGGACAACUUUGGAAAAUGCCGAGGAUAGCUGGCCGAGGCUGGCAGCACUGGCAGCGCGGUUCGAACCUCGGCCUAACCGAGGAUAUAAACAGAUAUUUAAUUUGGAAGCUCUGAUAGCUAACAUUAUGACUAUGUGCCGAGCAUUAGGUUCCUCGCAAUGUCGAG